AUGACGAUAUUCGAUCCGGCUAUAGAACGUUGGACAGUUCACAUUUGCAAGAGGGAUUUCAUGCGGAUUAUGCACCCUCGUCAUCUAGUGCUAGCAACUGCACUCGCUGGGGAAGGGAUAGCCCCUAACAUUCCGGGCGAUGAGUUCUUCGCCGGAGUUAAGUAUCACACGGCUCAACACCACGAUGCGUCAUCGUUUCCCAAUAAUGCAUCGAAGAAGGUCGUGGUGGUUGGAUCGAAUAAUAGUGGGCAUGAUAUCUGCGAGGCCUUCCAUCAAUACGGGUCUCAGGUCACGAUGCUCCAGCGCGGGGGCACCCUUUCCAUGCGAAACGCCCUGUCCGUCUUGCAAGGACUUUACGACGAGAUCGAACCCCCCAUCCAUGAGGCAGAUCUCUACUCAGAUAGCUUUCCUAUCCCCGCUCAAUCCGCUCUGGGAAGGACUACCACCAAGCAUCUUGCGGAACAAGACAAGGAACUUCUUGACAAUCUAAACAAAGCUGGAUUCAAGGUCGAUUUCGGUCACGAUGGGAGUGGAGUACUGCGCAAGGCUCUCACGCAUGGUGAAGGAUACGGCCAUCAGGACUUCUGGUACAUGGGAGGCACUUUUGGAUGGUGUCGGUCAUUCUCCAAACUACUCGCACUGCAGAUCAAGGCUACCGAGGAGAGACUGUAUACCUGUCCGACCAGAAGUGAAAAAGCCAUCCAGCAUUCGGAUUUCACUUCAGAGGGCCUUUUAGAUCUUAGAUAA